AUGCUAAAUGGAAAAGCGCACAAGUCCGGAGAGAACCCUGACCCUUGCUCAGUCACAGCGGGUGGCAGUGCGGGCUUGAGCAUUAGAAAGCCAACUCCCAGCGUUAAGAUCGACAUUAGUAGUUGCCCAUCGAAUCACCCAAUGAUGGCCACCGAUAAUCUAAAUGUUAACCCAUCGGGCGAAGGUGGCCUGCUAUUGGUGCCCACACAUCACAAUCUGCAGCUCGAUAAAAUUUCCGUGCGCUCGAUUAGUUCCGAGGAUAUAUCGAAUGGCGGCAGUGGAAGAUGUUGCAAUGCCGCUGCCCGUAACCCGGCCAUAAAAACAGGUCGGCGCCUGCAACUGAUGCAGAUGAUAAUACUACCAUUUAUACCAAUAUUGGCAUUGAUUGUGCAAACAUCGGUGACACUGCAAGAGAUUCUGGAGUACCGCUCCGCCGUGGCCGACAUCGAGACGCAGGUUACCAUAGCCACUGACUUGGGGAAAGUUGUCACUCGAUUACAGUUGGAACGCUCCGAAGUAGCCUUCUACAUCUUUACCAAUGGCAGCAAACAGAGAGCCAACCUUACACUGAGAUUUGCAAAUACGGAUCAUGCCCUAAACAACAUGACCACCUGGAGCGAAAUCAGUGUUCCUACAGCACCGGACGAGGAUGAAGAUGAUAGGGAGAUGAUGUUGAAUCGAUACGAGUUCCAGAGCCGUCUAAAUGAGUUUAGGGAUCGUGUGCGUUUAGAGCCCGAAGAGAGCUCUAUUACAGAGGUUAUGAACUGGUACACAUCCAUCAAUCGUGGGUUGCUUCAUCAUCUGAAUGAGCAAAUCAAAGAAACAGACAACAGUGGGGUUUGGCGAUACCUUGUGGGCUUCAAGAACCUUCUCAAGAGCAUUGAAUGUCAAAAUAUAGCCACUUCCUUUGGUAUAAGGUACUAUGGAAGAGGAUCCUUGACAGCAGAGAAUUUUGUGUCCUAUGUGCGCUACGAGUUCAUGGCCCGUGAGAUGAUCAACUCAACUUUGAACUAUGCACCCAUGCUUAAGAAUAUGUACACGAAUAUCACCAGCACCAAGAGGUUUCAUCGCGCCAAACAGAUGGGAACAACUCUGAUUAAGAAUAAUCCUAAUAUUUCGAAUGAACGUAGUGCCAUUGAGUACUACGAGCUGAUGAACAACUAUACCGAUGACUUGAGAAUACUCCAAAAGGCUCUGCGUAGGAUGAUUAAGGAUUAUGUGGACAAGACACUGGCGGAGGCUGAUCGAAAAGAGGCCAUUGGCAUUGCCAUUCUGGUGGUGGUGCUCCUAGUCUCACCAGUCAUCAUUAUACUGGUGAAAAAUGCCGCUGCGACAAUACAGCUUUAUGCCCUGAAUCUGUCCCAGAAGGCCAAGGAAUUAAAGCGAGAGAAGCGGAAAAGCGACUCGCUGCUAUUCCAAAUGCUACCACCAAGUGUGGCCAUGCAGUUGAAACAGACCCAGCAGGUGCCCGCCGAGCUCUACGAGGCAGUCACCAUUUACUUCAGCGAUAUCGUGGGUUUCACUGAAAUAGCUGCGGAUUGUACUCCACUGGAGGUAGUAACCUUUCUGAAUUCGAUUUACCGGGUAUUCGACGAACGCAUCGAGUGCUAUGACGUCUAUAAAGUCGAGACAAUUGGAGACUCUUAUAUGGUGGCAUCGGGACUGCCGGUGAAGAACGGGAACAAGCACAUCAGUGAGAUAGCAACAAUGGCGCUUGAUUUGCUGGAUGCUUCGUCGCUCUUCCGGAUUCCCCGGGCCGGUGACGAAUUCGUCCAGAUCCGAUGCGGCGUGCACACAGGUCCAGUGGUCGCAGGAAUCGUUGGCACCAAAAUGCCGCGCUACUGUCUCUUCGGCGACACGGUGAACACAGCCUCGCGGAUGGAAAGCACCGGCGAAGCCCAGAAGAUACAUAUCACCGAGGAGAUGCACGACUCGCUGCAGCAGGUGGGAGGAUUUCGCACCGAACACCGCGGUCUCAUCGAUGUCAAGGGAAAGGGUCUAAUGAGCACCUACUGGCUGACCUGCAAGGAUGGACCGGUCAGGGUUCGUGAAGAAAUAUCAUGGCGGGCAGAUAUGCAGCCGGUUUUUCUCGACCACCUAAAGCUGCAUCCGCCGACCGACUACAAGCUACCAAAGCGAAAAUGA